AUGGCAUUAUUGAGUGGAAUUGAAGAGUCGAAGGUUGUUCUCGAGAAGCUUAAAGAACGAAUUGCAUAUUUGAAUGAAACAAAUAAUAUUAUUCCUGUAUUGGCUAUAGUUCAAGUUGGAAAUCGUGAAGAUUCUAAUGUGUACAUUAAUUCUAAAAUUCUAAAGGCUAAGGCCAUUGGAAUGGAAGGUCGAUUAAUCAAAUUGGAUCAAGACAUAACUCAACAAGAAUUGGAAGAUGAGAUAGCCAAACUUAAUAAGGAUGAUAAAGUGGAUGGAAUCAUAAUUCAACUUCCUCUCGAUUGUACAAAGAAGAUUGAUGUGGACAGUGUAAUAGAUCAGAUUGAUAGUUGGAAAGAUGUCGAUGGACUUACGCGCUUCAAUGCUGGUCGUCUACAUAGAGGAGAAAUGGAAGCGAUAACUCCUUGCACGCCCGCCGGGUGUUUGCUUCUCGUAAAGAGAGCACUAGGGGAUAAUGGUCAACUUCGAGGAAAAACUGUUACUAUUGUUGGGAGAUCAAAAAUAGUAGGUGCUCCUGCACUUAGCUUGUUCCUAUGGGCUAACUGUACAGUAACAGUUUGUCAUUCUCAAACAGUUGACUUGAAGAAACAUUGUCAACAAGCUGAUAUAUUACUGGUAGCCAUUGGAAGAAAGCAUUUUAUUAAAGGAGAUUAUGUCAAACCAGGAGCUAUCGUCAUUGAUUGCGGAAUAAACGUGGAACCGAAUGAGGAUAAGACAAAGAAAAAUAAAAUUUACGGGGAUGUCGACACAGAUGAAGCGCGAAAGAUUGCUUCAUUCAUCACGCCUGUCCCAGGAGGAGUUGGACCAAUGACUGUCGCUAUGCUUCUUCAUAAUACUGUUCAACAAUGCUUCGCUCGUCGUCUUGGAACAGUCAUGUCAUUGGAAUGA